GCGCCCUCUUUUCGAUUUCUUCUACUUGUUGCUUUCUUUCUUCUUAUUUUCUAUUCUUUUAUCCUUUCUUCACGACCACUUCUUCGUUCUUCCCCGCGUCCGGCACGCCCCUUUUGUCUUCCACCAGCACAUUCUCUUAGCCCCUGACCUUCAUCCAUGUCGCUCUCUCUCAAGGCUGAACUCGAAACAUGGGCAAACGCCCUCAAGGCCUACGAUGCCCAGGACUUUGACGGUGCCCUCGAGCUCUUUGCUCGUGUCAACGACUCGUCCAAGAUCCUCUUUAACAUGGGCCUCAUCUACGCUACCGUCGGCCAGCACGAACUCGCCGUCGAGCAAUUCACCGCUGCCACCCAACUCGACGUCUACCUCGCCGUCGCUUACUUCCAAUCCGGCGUCUCCAACUUCCUCCUCGGCCGAUUCGACGUCGCCCUCCGCGACUUUGAAGAGGCCCUCCUCUACCUCCGCGGCAACCAGGCCAUCAACUACGAACAGAUCGGACUCAAGUUCAAGCUCUACUCCUGCGAGAUUCUCUUCAACCGCGGUCUCGCGAAGCUCAACCUCGGCUACCAGCAGGACGGCCUCUUCGACCUCCGCGAAGCCGCCAAGGAAAAGGUCACGGACGAGCACGACGUCAUCAACGAGGCCAUCCGCGAUGGCGGCGAGGGAUACACCGUUUUCUCCAUCCCCGUGGGCGUGGUCUACCGCCCCUCGGAAGCAAAGCUCAAGAACUCCAAGGCAAAGGACUACAUGGGCAAGGCCAAGCUCGUCGCUGCCUCGAAUGACGAAGACGCGUUCAUCGAGUUCACUGGUGUUGCACGCAAGCGCAUCGCCAUGGGCGAGGAGAUCCCUUCGCUCGGCCGCUCGCAGACCGCGCCUGCACCCAAAUCCAGCCCCAUCGAAACCCGCCCCCCGAUAUCGCUCGACCGCGCCAACACGACCAUCAACGUGCGCACCGACUCUGCCCCUUCCGCACCCUCAGAACCGCGCACAAUCCGGCAGCCCCUCGGCGCAGGCGCGCUCAACCUCAAACCGACCCAGCCCCUCGUCUCGCGGCGCUCGCAGUCCAUCUCCAACCUCGCCGAGGUCCGCACAACGGGCACUGGCACACUCUCGCGCACCGAGAGCACCAUCUCGUCGUUCGCCGCCGGCCAAUCCUCCCCCUCCGGCUCCGCCGUGCGGCCCUUGGGGCACACGCGCAGCGCAACCGCUACCCCUGCGACACUCAGCCCGCUGUCAUUCGGCAGCGGCCCCGCGCGGCGCCCGCCUGGGCCGCCGGCUGCACUGCAGCCUGGUGCUGGUGCUGGGUCGCCGUCGAAUGCGAUGAGCCGCGGUAUGAGCGUGCGGCGGGUGUUGCCUGCGCCUGGGGGAUCGAGUUCCGUCCCGGCGUCGACGAACGGAAGCCCGAGGGAGAGUUUCGCGACGCAGCCGCUUGUGUUGCCUGGUGCUAACAGCAAUAACAAUGUGGUGACGCGUGCGGCGACGCCUCCGCGCGAACUGCCCAAGCCACCCCGCCAGACCGACUUUUUCGACGACUACAUCAACGCCUACGACUCGCGCUCGGACGCGACACAGUCGCUCAUCCUUGGCCCGUCCUCGGCGCAGUCAUCGCCUGCUCAGGACCGCCCGCUCAUGCUGCCCGCCGUGCCGCGCUCGCAGUCCCCGGCUUCGCAGGCGCCCGCACCUACCGCGGUUGGCUUUGUAAUUCAACAGCCCCCGCGCGAGCAGCAGCAGUACCAGCAGCAGCAGCAGCAGCAGCCAGCCCAAGUACAACGCGCGCUCACACGCACCACCACCGCCGGCGGCUCCCUCCGCCGCAAGCCCACACGGCGCACAACCACCUCCCGUCGCCAGCCCUCCGUCUCCCGCUCGCGCACCACCGUGUACGAAGACGAAGAAGAAGGGUACGGCUCGGGCGGCUCCGCCGCCUCCGAAUUCGAACUGUCCACAAUCCGCAUCAAGCUCUUCUACCAGGGCGACGUGCGCGGGAUGACGAUGCACCCCGCGACAGCAUGGGAGGAGUUCGUCGAGCGCGUCACGCUCAAGUUCGGGACGGCGCUCGAGGGCCUGGGCAUGCAGUUUAUGGACGAGGACGGCGUGAAGGUCAGUUUGAGGGACGAGUCGGACUUUGAGCUGGCGAUUGAGACGGCAAGGGAGGCGGGGAAGGGGAGGCCGGAGGGCAAGUUGCAGGUGUGGUGCACGGAUGUGUGAGCGGUGGUGGUUGGUUGAGUUUGGGGGUUUGUGGUGUCUAUGCGAUCGUGGGCUCCUGCCAUAACGAUCUAAUUUAUCUUGGACCGGGGUACUUAUUGUCAUGGGUUGUCAUUUGCUCAUUAUUACGGCGUAUUUCUUGCUUUCGUUCUUCCUGAGCGCACAUACUUAUUGUUGGUCCUGUACAUGCAGAGUGUUGGGAAUAUAGUCAGGACUGCUUCGGGCUGG